AUGAGUCGAACACCGCUGCUCUUGGCUUCGAUCCGGAGCCACAAGAAGCUGGUCGAAUUGCUGCUGAGAAGAGACGCAGAUCCGCGUUCGAUCGACGCGAAGGGAUUAACUGCUAUGCAUUUCAUUUGCAAAGGUAACUGUAGGUCACAACGUGAACUAGAGAGGGCCGUGGAAUGUGCGACUCUGUUACUCGAAAUCGGCAAAGAAAAAAAUCAGUCGGUGCAGAUUAACGCCCGAGAUAGGUCGGGUAACACACCGCUACACUAUGCUCUGGCCUACAGCGACAAGAGGAUGAUCGAAUUGCUGCUGAGAAACGGCGCCGAUUUUAAUUUGGCCAAUGCAGAGGGGUUGACCGCUCUGCAUUUUAUGUGCAAGAAUUUUUACAAGGGAGGUGAAUUGGUGGAGACGUUAUUCAAGAUCAGCGAAGAAAGUCAUCGGACGGUGCGGGUAAACGCCCGGGAUAUCAAGGGUAACACGCCGUUGCACUUGGCAUUGCAAUCCAGGAUUAUUGACAUCGCGAAGACGUCCGAAUUGCUGCUGAGAAACGGCGCCGAUUUUAAUUUAGCCAAUGCAGAGGGCUUGACCGCUCUGCAUUUUAUGUGCAAGAAUUGUAAAAUCGGUCAUGACUUGGUGGACAUGAUAUUCCGGAUCAGCGAAGAAAAUCAUCAGGCGGUGCGGGUCAACGCCACGGACAAAUUGGGUAACACGCCACUGUACUACGCUGUGGCUCCAAUCCACAGCGAUUGUGGAAUAUACUGGAUAAGACCAAUUGUUCAAACGCUGCUAAAAAAUGAUGAAACCCGAAUUUAG